AUGGACAGAGGAAACCAGACAAGAGUCUCUGAAUUUCUCCUCCUCGGGCUCUCACAGCAUCUGGAGCAACAGCUGCUUCUCUUUGGCCUAUUCCUGGCCAUCUACCUUAUUACAGUGAUAGGGAACCUUCUCAUCAUAUUGGCUAUCUGCUCUGAGUCCCACCUCCAUACUCCUAUGUAUUUUUUUCUGGCCAACUUCUCCUUCACUGAUUUGUGCUUGUCUUCCACUACAGUGCCCAAGAUGUUGUUCAAUAUCCAAACUCACAGUCAAACUAUCCCCUAUGGUGGAUGUCUUGCUCAAAUCUUUUUCUUCUUGUGGUUCAUUGGGUUGGAUGUCUUCCUCUUAGGGGUUAUGGCUUAUGACCGACUUGUUGCCAUCUGUCACCCUCUCCACUAUACUAUUCUCAUGAGUCCUCAACGCUGUUUCCUACUGGUAAUGGGAUCACUGGUCCUAACUUACUUAUAUUCCUUGACUCACACCAUCCUUCUGACUCAGUUAUCCUUCUGUGAUGCUAAUAUUAUCCCCCAUUUCUUCUGUGAACUUCUCCCUUUGAUAAAGCUCUCCUGCUCCCAACCUUAUGCCAACCAAUAUGUGCUCAUGUACUGGGGUGGGGCCUUAACCAUUCUGAUCCCCUUGAUGAUUCUUAUUUCCUAUGUUCGCAUCGUGGCCAGCAUACUUCGAGUCCCUUCAGUUAAGGGAAAAUGCAAAGCUUUCUCCACCUGCGGCUCCCACCUCACUGCUGUUUGCUUGUUCUAUGUAGCUGCCAUUGGUGUAUAUUUCAUUCCCUUUGAGGCUGACUCAGCUGGAAAAGAUAGAUUGGCAGCUGUAAUGUAUGCUGUGGUGACCCCCAUGCUGAACCCCUUUAUCUACAGCCUGAGGAACAGGGACAUGAAAAAGGCCUUGGGAAAACUCUUUAGUAGGAGAUUAUUGUUGUUUCCAUAA